AUAAACGAAAAUCUAUCCACGAAAUCUAAGGUGUUCUCCAAACAAAGCAUGGAGAAAGUAAUGAGAUUAGUGAGUGGGUGAGUCAGUCCGCCCCCACAGACCACAGUGUUCCAGUGGUUACAAACCAAAGAGGUGAUUGAAAAGCACCCGAUUAAGAAGGGGAGAUUCUAAUUCUACCAGUAUCACACUAUAUUCUUCUGAUUACUAUUACUGAGUAUUUUCUUCUCAAAAUCAAUGUCCUCGCACUUGAUUUGAGUUUACAAUUUCCAUUUUUGUUUGAUGAACAACUUGAUUGGAUUCUGGGAUGGUGAAUUUCGAUUUCUAGGUCAAAUUUUAUUUCUAGUGAAAUCGAAAGACUAAAUCAGUGUGGAAUUUAGUCCUCAAGUAUGAAAGACGUGGUAGGAAGUCCAGGAACAAAAACUGGAUUGCUACUGAGAAUAGGUCAGUGUGGAUUUGCUGCUGCUUCUAUUGCGCUUAUGGUUUGUUCUGCUGGAUUCUCCAAUUACACUGCUUUCUGGCUGGCAAUGGAUCAAAGCUAUCAAAGUUCAUCUCACUGCAUCCAUUUUGCUAUGUUUCGUUUCCAAGAUUCGGAUAAAAAAUCUGGUGCUCAAUUGCAUAAGCAGAGCACAAUGGUUUUCACUGAACCUCUCUCCAAGCUAUUUGGUUGCAUCUAUGGGACUUCAAGUGCUUUGGAGCUUUGGUCUUGCAUGUCUGGAUGUUUAUGCCUUGAGGAUAAAGAGAGACCUUCAAAGUCCUGUCUUAGUGAGCCUAUUUGUUGUAGGUGACUGGGAACCAGCUCAACCAAAAGUUUAAGCGAGGCCCAAUUUAUGUUAUAAUCUAUAACGCCUCCCCACACGAGCUCUUUGAACUAGAAUUAUGGAUUCAACUCAAGUCUCUUUCAUACUUGGCACUCAUUGCUCCACCUGAAAGGAGGGUUGCAUAAGAUUCGAACUCGUAACUUGGGCUUCUGAUAUCAUAUCAAGGAAACAACUCAACUACUGAUGGUUGAAGCUCCAAAUAUAUGUUAUAUACUCUAUCAUAAUCUAUGUAUGAUGGAUCUUAUAUAAAAAAAUUACACUCGACGCCGUUACUAUUAUUUCGAUUCGGUGAUUAUUACUACAGUAGCCAAUAAGUGAAUAAGCUGACAUCAUGAAAAUUACUCCAUGUCCUAUAAUCUCCGAUCAUUCAAGGUCAUUAGAUGAUGCUAAUUCAUUGUCGACCAUAAUUUUACUUUUUGGGGGAAAAGGGUGAUGUGGUUAUGAUGAGCUAAAAGAAGACUCAAAUUCUAUUCUGAUGAACAAAGCUCGAGUUAUUAUGCAGCGAGAAUGAAAUGUAUGCUUGUAGUAGAGCAUAAGCUGAGUUUGUUUGAUGCAGCCAUGCAGGCAUCGAACAGAAGGUGGCCAUGGCAUAAGGGUGUACAUGACCACAGUGUACGCAUGGAUGCAUGUUAGCUAGUUUCGAUUUUGAGUCGUUUCUUUGUCUUGGUGUAGCAAGGGUAGAUCUUCCUAAUGUGUUCUGAACUUUCUUUGUGCUAACUUGCUUACUAGAAUUAGUGCAGCAUUAUUAUAUUCGGGUGUAUUUAGGUACUUUUGUUAGCUUUGUGUAUUUCUUUGUUCUAUGUGUAUCAUGAUUGUUUUAGGUAAUCUUCAAUAUACAUGUAAGGAAUGGAUGUAAUUCACAAUUUUCAGACUGAGCUAUAUUAAAUUGCAAAGUUCAUUGAGUUUCUAA